UGCAGCGGCCCGUUUCAACCCGGAACGUUUAGUUAGACGGCCCAGCCUCCCGACUUCCGGUUCCGGUUUUUGGACUCUCCUGACUGCCUUCGCUAUGGAAGAACCUGAGAUGCAACUGAAGGGAAAGAAAGUCACAGACAAGUUCACUGAGAGUGUCUAUGUGCUGGCCAACGAGCCAUCAGUGGCACUGUACCGGCUACAGGAACACGUGCGCCGCUCGCUGCCAGAGCUGGCCCAGCACAAGGCAGAUAUGCAGAGGUGGGAGGAGCAGAGCCAGGGCGCCAUAUACACCGUGGAGUAUGCCUGCAGCGCUGUGAAGAGCCUGGUGGACAGCAGCGUGUACUUCCGCAGCGUGGAAGGCCUGCUCAAACAAGCCAUCAGUAUCCGGGACCACAUGAACACCAGUGCCCAGGGCCACAGCCAGGAGAAACCGACCCCUCCUUCCUUGGCCUGACCCUGACCCUGGAAGACCUGGGGCCACCAGCCUUCCCACCCAGGCUGAGGCCUGCCUACUAUGCCCAACCACUCAGCUGCUGUGUGGCCUUGAGACUGUACCCUCACUUCUCUGGUCUUCAACUUUUUCCUCAUGUUAAACAUGGCUCAUUCAGCUGAGGCCAGUUAGGGCUGGGUGUGCAUUGUGACAGCUGCAUCAGUGUGAGAGAGAAACACUCAAAAUCCUACCACCUCACAAUACUGUAAACUGGCCAGCCCCUGCCACUGCUCCAGGCUGCACAUAGCUGGGUGUUUCCUCUGGCCUUUGCCUGUUGCUAUGGCCUGGGGACUGGGUGGGAACAGGGUCUUCUCACCCCCUCAAGCAGAGGGCCUCACCCAUGGGACCCGCUGGUGCUGAGCAUCUUCUGCUGCAGAGGCCUCGGGCUUGGGUGGAGACUGGCUCCCAGCCCCGGAGCCCAGGGGCAGCAGGGGGUGCUUCCUGGCUUGUACAGCAAGCAUCCCUCAAGCUCCUUGGGUAGCAGGCACUUACGGGCCACCAGUCAGUGGGCAUUUACUGAGGGCCUCAGCUUGCCAGGUUUCAUUGCUUGUCACCCCCACAAGAGAUGAGCCAUUCUUUCCUGGGGAGUCCCAUGGGGAAUCUGGGAGGACCCAAAGCUAGAAGGGCUCGCAGGUGUGUGCACUGUGACCCUGUCAACCGUAGGUGCAUUUGCAGUGUUCAUUUUUAAGCUCUUUUAUUUGGGAUUCCUUAAAGCUUCUCCCUUCCCACCCUAAGUAGGAGAGAAGGUUAGUGGGGAGAGGGGCACAGAUGCCUUUACCUCUCCUGGCUGUUUAGGGUCAAUGGGUUCUCCAUCAGCCGCAAACGCAGAAAGUAGUCUCCGAGCCCUGCGCCCCAAAGCAUCCCUCUCCCCUCUCUUUGGUCUCUUCAAACUGCCACACACCACCACCACGGCACUGCCUCUUUCUGUGCCUCACAUUUAUAUUCUCAGGGCCCUAGACCACACCCAUUUACAUGCCUAAAGAGGCAGGCGUUUACCAGCUGUCAAAGGCCAUUCCCCACAGGAGACAAUUAUGAGCCAUGGACAUACUAAAGCCUAACUAAAACCUCACACUUGGGAUUAAAACAAAAACAUAUUUACAUAACAUAACUGAGUUUACAAAGACACCAAAACUUGUGUUUCGUGCACUCCUGCUCCCAGCCCAGCCCACGGCCGGACAUGCUCAAGAAUAUCCUCUGUCUGUGGCUGUCUCCUGCACUGCUCACCCUGUGGCACCCUGGGCUCCUCAGCUCAGUCUCAUCUGCAGACUUGUUUACCUGCCUGGGAUUGCGUCCCUCUGUCCCCAGAGCUACUCUCGGAGUGACCUUCAUGGGGUCAGCUCCUCUUUGACUGUCUAAUCCCAAGACCCUCAGCACAGCCAGCCCCAGCUCCAGCCCGCAGGUGCCUGGAUUCACAUGCUGGCCUUCUGAGCCUAGCUCCCCAUCUCCCAGUCCUGCCAGAAGCGGCACCUUGGACGCCACAUUGAGAAUGCAGCAAGAACUGAAGACCUAGCAAGAUGGCCAGUACCUGCUGCCGUGGGGCUCAGCCAUAAUUGUCCCCCUUGGUUAUGAACUAGGGUCACUGUUCCAGGAGCACCCUGUGACAAUCCUGCUGCAAAUACACUUAGUGUCCAGUGUCUUCUUCCAUGCUGGGUUCACAUGGCUUCCACCAGGGAUCAUAUCUGAAGACCUCCCCUGCCUGACCUGUUUGGUACAGGGCGAGGUGCUGGCCGCCUCUGAAGCUGAGGUGAAAACAUAGGAGCCCCUGGGUAAUCCUCUCCCGCUCCAUCCAGGGCAGGGCCUAAGACGCUGGCUUGGCCACUGACUCCCUCUCCUGGGUCGUGGUGGGGCAGGGCCUGCACUGGGCCCUGGAUUCCAUCCCCAGCGUAAUACACAUCCCACAAACUCCAACAACCAAAAAAAUGUUGCCAAAGUCGCUGGACAGUUGACUGCAGGAGAGCCAAAUCAAAGCUCUGCUUAAGACCCCAGCCACGCCCAGGCACAGAAGGUCUGCCACUCCCAGCUUUGUGCCACGCCUUUCUGCCAGUUAGACAUGCUGGCGGCUGCAGAGAGGGCCCAGUGAGCAAGCUUGUCUCAAGAGUGAGGACCUGGGUCUGCUCAGCAGACCCACAGAAGCAAGCAGGCGUUGUGGCUAAAGCAUGUUGUCCCAGCAGCACACAGAUCCACCUGCAUAGGUACACACACAUACAGAAAUAGUGCCUGUGAAAAGCACCCCAGGACUAAGCCGCUGAAGCAGCCGGCCGCUCGGAGCAUUGCGGGCAGUCCUAGGGUGCCCAAGGCCCUGCCAGGGCGCAGUAACACCGCAGCCUCGGUGCCCUCAGCUUGUGGCUGGCACUUUUCAGAGGUUUCCGGAUAGUCUAUCCCCCACCCCAGCACCUGUUGUCCAGGCCUCAGAAGGCCGUGGUGACUUUGCAUUUCAUUUGAAUUCCCCCACAAGAGCAGAGCAUUGGUCCCGGUACAUAGUGCUGCCUACUCUACAAACCAGGCAGAGUCUCCUGGUCCUCAGAGCAACUGAGCCUCCCAGGGCCUGAGUCAGCAAGACCUUAAAGGCCUUAAAUUUGUCCCUACUGCCGCCAGCCAAGUCUCACAGUCUUUCCCCACCACGUGGAGAUCGUCAGUGACCUUCCUGUGCCAUGGGGCAUCCAAGAAGGAGCCUGGCUUUCACUGAUGAGGGAUAAUCUGGAAGGGGUCUGACCCCAAACGAAGCAUCAGCUCCCCAGAUCUGUGUCGUGCCAAAAGGGAGCCCAUAGCAGCCUGUGCUUAGACUUCUUAGAAUCUUUACUGGGAGUGGGGCACGCUCGAAUGGCGCGUGUAGAAUGUGUAGGGGCGGUCAGGGAGCAAGCUGAGGAGUCCUUCCACCAUGGGAUCAAAUCCAGGGCCAUCAGGUCAUCUUGGCAGCUAGCAGCCUUACCCACUGAGAAAUCUCACAGACCUUGGAUUUAUUUUCUUUUAGACAAGUUCUGGCUAUGUAACCCAGGCUGGAUUUACCCAGUUUACCCUCUGCUUCAGCUGCCUCACUGUGAGGUUACAGCAGCAGCGCCAGGCCGUCUUGCCUGCCUUUUAAAAUAUUACAACUCUAAAUAAAGUAUAAAUAAAGA